GGUGUGGGAUGCUUCCCAGAUUGCAGUCAUUUAAAUUCAAUGGAGUCCCAUAGAGUGAUACGGAGGGCUUGCCAAUCAGGCCUCUUCUCCUCCAAGUCUGCAUGAGACUUUUUUUUAGAGUUCUCUGAUACAAAUAGUGUAGGUUUAGAGGAUGAUCAUAGUGAGCAACAGCAAGGAGCACAAGUUCAGCAAGAAGCCUCAUGGGCAACAUAUAAUACAGUGAAUAGGAGAAUAGUUAGGAGGGUACCAACUUGGGUAAAUGACUACAUCAUGUUGAUGUAAGAGGUGUACAACUGUCAAUCUGUUAGAUCUGUUAUGUCAAGUUGUUACGUUUGUUAGGAGUGUUAGGAUUGUACAAGUGGUGGUGUUUCCAUAUAAAAAGGGUAAUUGUAUUCACUCAACAUAAGAAACGAAUUACAAAUUUUCUUUUUCUCUGUUCUUGGCUGGAAUUCCAGAUUUCUUCUCUGUUCUUGGCUGGGUUUUCCAAAUUUUUCUCUUCUUCUCUGUUCUGUGCAGCUAUUUCCCCCCCCCCCCCUUCCCUUAAUAUUGGUGCUUUCAUUGUUGAAUCGGAACUGCAACUGAUGGUGGGAGGGACUCGAUUGUCCAAGAUAGAUGAUGCUAUUAAGAAUUUGCAAUCAUUUCAAUCUGCUCAACUCCAAGAUUCAACUAAAUUCAAGAAAAGCACCGAAGCCAAUUUUGCAGAGAUCCGUAAGGCCCUAUAGCAAUUCAUGUCUCAUGUUGAUGCUCGAUUGGAUUCCUUACAAUCCAUUAAUGGUGCUUCUGCAACUGAAGGUGAAACACGACAUGCGGGUUUGGUAAUUCCAGCAACUCCUAAUUAGUUUGUUAUGGGUAGAUCUAUGAGGCUUGAUGUACCAAGAUUUGAUGGGACAGAUGUAGUUGGGUGGAUUUUCAAAGCUACACAGUUCUUUGAGUACCAUCAGACACCACAAGACCAAAGGAUUCUCAUCUCUUCUUUUCAUAUGGAGGGACCUGCACUUUCUUGGUUUCAAUGGAUGCAUUCUAAUUUGAUUGUUUCGUUGCCUCAAUUUUUACAAGCUCUCAAAUUGAGAUAUGGUCCAUCAAUCUAUGAAGAUCCUAAAGGGAAAUUGGCUAAAUUGCGACAAGUGACUACGGUAGCAACAUACCAGGCCCAAUUUGAGGAAAUAUCAACUCAAAUUCAUGGCUUAUCAAAGGAUUUUCUCAUUAGUUUCUUCAUAUCUGAUCUGAAACCUGAGUUGAGAAAGGAAUUAUUAGUGGCUCAACCUUGUCCUUUGGUCCACGCUAUGGCAUUGGCUAAGCUUCAGGAGGACAAGUAUAAUGAUUUAAAGCAGUGUUGGAGGCAACCUUGGAAUAAGUACAGCAAUACGGGCUCUCAAUCUGUUCCACAAGGUACAUCUCAGCAGGCUCAUCAGGUCCUACGCUCGUUGCCGUCUCUGACACUACCGCUUCGGUUAUUUCCCUCCCACUUGAUGAUUCUUCUCCGUUUCUUAUGCAUCAUUUGGACAAUCCUGGCGCUAUACUUAUCACUCAGCCUCUGCACGAUGACAACUAUCCCACUUGGAGACGUGCUAUGCGAAUGGCUCUUGAGGCCAAACACAAGCUUAGUUUUAUUGACGACUCCUUGCCCAAACCAGCCAUUGGGGCUCCUUCUUUAUAACAAUGGACACGCUGCAACAACAUGGUGUAGGAUUUAUUUCUUAAUAUGUCCCAAUUGACCAUUGAUUGGGUUCUAUUAUGGUAACCCGAUAUUUGAUUUGAUUGCCAAUUAGUUUGGAUUCUAUUAAGGAUACCCACCAUAUUAGUUUGGUUGCAAAUAGGGAAGAUUCCUCUCUAAUUGAUUGGCCUACCUUAAUGGGAGAUAGGCAUUGUGUUAUUAAAGGAGACUAGGUCCCCCCUUAUAUGGUUACGUACUGAUCUCACCCAUUAGAGAAGUACAUUGAGAAAAUACUAAGGGGAGAAACCUACCUCCAAGAACAAGAAGAAUGUUGCUCAUUCAUGCAAGGACGGCAUCAAUGGCUACAUCUAGCUCCGCUGAAAAUAACACGCCAUCGACGGUGAACGAUAUGUCAUUUCCACUCUUUCAGAUUGAACUGGUUCAUAGUGUAUUGGCAAGAUCCUUAUUAUGAUUAAUGAAUUGUUAUGUUAUAAA